UAUUACAGUCAACUUGGUUUUUAGCGCGCUACCUGCGAUGUAAGGGCGUGAGUAGAGAUUGUAGCCUUUACACCUGGCUGAGGUUCGGGUAGUUUUAGCUUUGUAGGCCUAAAUGCGGUGGGCUAGUCUACAGUAGCCCUAGAUAGCACAUUUGCUGUGGCAUAUGCUAGUCUACUAAAUGUAUGGGAAAGUGGGGUAAGUUGAGACCUUUUAUAAAAAUAUAUAAAAAAACAUCUGCAUAUCUCCCUCAAGGGAAAUUUGACUUGGUAAAAAUCCAUUUUUUGGACCUAACUUGCUUACAACCUUUUUCCCAUGAAAUGAUGACCUCUUCCUAAAUAUUUGGUAAAAUUAUACAUUUUGUAUAGAAACAAGGGUGGCUCAGCUUACCCCUUUAGCUCAACUUACCCCACUCUCCCCUAUCCUGAAAUUCUAUAUUAUAGUCAUGUUUUUUAAAAUUCAUAUUUCAUCAUAGAGGAGUUUCAGGACAUUUUUAUGAGAGCUAGAGAUGGUUAUUUUCUUCCAGAUUUCCUCAUGUGAAUAAAAAUCAUUUAUAAUUUAUUGCUGCAAAACAAACAUGGAAUCUGGGUUCAAUAACAUGUUCUCUACUGCCCUCGUUUUGUAUUUCCACGUGUGAAGUAGUCUACACUGUAUCUCAUUUGGUGCAACACCUUUGUUUUGGAUAUUGUAGCCUACAACUAUUGACCGACUUUCCCAAGGCCUGGCUAUAAAUGCAAACCAUGUUUUUCCAUCACUCUUUGUUCCUUGCGCUCCACAUUCUUAUCCUGGUGGUUUGCUUAUUAAUGCACAGUAGGCCUAUUUUUGUCUGUCUCUCUUUUGAGGGUGUGAAGUUCCAGCACACCCUCUCUGUACCCUGCAGACACUAGUAUUGACAGGUUCCGACCCCACAGCUAUGUGAAGUGAGUGAGAGGAUCACGAUGACACAUUGUGAUGUCUAUUAACUCAAUGCUUUAACACAUAUCAACCAUAAAAACAUAGGCACAUUUUUUUUUUGAAUUUAAAAUACAUUUUUCAAAACACUUUAAUAGUCCCUCCCUAUAGCUGUCCAGCUAGCAUACUUUGGGUAUUCGUACUAUCUAAAGAGAAACAAUGAGACAGGUAUUUCUACAUAGCCUCGGGCGACAAUCUGACUGAGAAUCUGAGCAGCUCGGUAAGUUUCUGCCAUUGUUCUGUGUGUGUGUGUCCCAUUGUUUACCGGGUAUUAAGACGGGGGAUGAUAGAGACACAGAUCUAGGUUGUGGUUGUUUUGCAUAGUCUCUCCUGUGCCAGAUUCGUGUCCCUGCUCGUCACACAUUCCAUGGAUGGGAAGCCAGUCCUCCCUCGCUCCCUAUUACCUUUUCUUCUCCCUUGGUUCCCCUCUACCACUUAUUCAUGGAAUGGGAGAUAUAUGAUUGUGUGGAGUGGGGGGCUUACUUUUGUCUUAGAAAACUUCUAACUUGCAGAGUCUCUCUCCCUCCUCGCUUUCUCCAUUACUCUCUGUCCAAUAACUGUGUUUCACUUUACCCCUCUCUCUCUCUGUCCUCCUCUUUCUUCAUUACUCUUUCUUCAAUCUCAUCUGUUUGCAGAAGCCCUUCAGAACAACUCUAAUUACAUGUAGUGCAGUAGUUUCUUCCCUCCAGACCAGCUGUGGCGUUCUACUAGGAAACCAAAGUGUUUUAUAUGAAGGGCCAUGGUAUCCACGGCAGAGUAUGGCAAAACGUCGUGGGAGCUGUCGGUCCAGGUAGACCAGAGAGAUGGAGACGAGGGCAUGAGGUUUAAACUCCGAGUCAAGGGAGACCUGCACAUUGGAGGACUCAUGCUCAAACUGGUGGAGAAGAUCAAGGCCCCUCAGGACUGGUCAGACCAUGCUCUGUGGUGGGACCAGAGGAGCUGUUGGCUGCUGAAGACCCACUGGACCCUGGACAAGUACGGUGUCCAGGCGGACGCUGACCUGCGCUACACUCCCCAGCACAAACCCCUGUGCCUGCAGCUGCCCAACAUGAAGAUGGUCAAACUCACUGUCAGCUACUCUGCCGUCGUCUUCAAGACCGUCGCUGAGAUCUGCAGAGCGCUCAACAUCAGGAGGCCAGAGGAGCUGUCCCUGCUGAAGCCUCCAGAUGACCCGUCCAAGAAGAAGAAGAAGAAAGACAAGAACCCAGCACUGGAUGACAUCUUAGAUAUGGACAGCAUCAGCGGAGGCUCUGGGGGAACAGGCAGUCCCCUGUACAGUAAGACUAUGGUGCCCACCUACGACCCAGAGAACGGGACUCCUGCCUCGGCCACCAGCCUGUGGUUUGGGGACAACCCACUGACCUCCAGCCAGCCCAACCUGCCCCCUGCGGAGCUGUCCAAGAUGUACCAGCAGCUGUCCAUGGUGGAUAAAGCCAUCAUCAACGCAGGGUGGCUGGACUCCUCCCGCUCCUUGAUGGAACAGGGCAUCGGAGAAGAUGACAGACUGCAGCUACGCUUCAAAUACCACUGCUUCUUCGACCUCAACCCAAAGUAUGAUGCUGUGAGGAUAACCCAGCUGUAUGAGCAGGCUCGCUGGUCCAUCCUACUGGAGGAGAUCGACUGCACUGAGGAGGAAAUGCUAAUGUUCGCCUCCUUACAGUAUCACAUAUGCAAGAUGACCAUGUCCACGGAACCUCUGGACUUCUCCAACGAACCAGAGAUGGAUGAAGUAGAGGCUGCCCUAUCCAACCUAGAGGUCACACUUGAGGGAGGAAAUACAGACAGAAUCCUGGAAGACAUCACAGACGUUCCAAAGCUGGCAGACUCCCUCAAGCUGUUCAGGCCUAAAAGACUGACGUUGCGUCCGUUUAAGGAGUACUGGUUCGUGUUUAAAGACACCACCAUCUCCUACUACAAGAACAAAGAGACAGCCAGCGGAGAGCCGAUAGAACAGCUGCAUCUCCGAGGAUGUGAGGUGGUCCCUGACGUCAACGUGACGGACAAGAAGUUUGGCAUCAAACUGCUGCUCCCAGUGGCUGAUGGGAUGAACGAGGUCUACAUCCGCUGUGACAACGAGACACAGUAUUCCAAGUGGAAGGCAGCCUGUACCCUGGCCUCCAAGGGCAAGACCAUGGCUUACAGCUCCUACAGGUCGGAGGUGAAGAACAUCCAGUCUUUCCUGCAGAUGAAAAGUCUAGCGCCCCCUCCUGGUCAGGCUGCUCCAGACUUGGAUGCCAUGGAGAUGAACGCUGAGUGCUUUGUCUCCCCCAGAUACACCAAGAAGUACAAGACCAAACAGCUGACAGCGAGGAUCCUGGAGGCCCAUCAGAACAUCGCCAGGCUCUCCCUCAAUGAAGCUAAAAUGCGCUUUAUCCAGGCCUGGCAGUCCCUGCCUGAGUUUGGUAUCAAAUACUACAUUGUCAGGUUCCGAGGCAGUAAGAAGGAUGAGCUGAUGGGUAUCUCCUAUAACCGUCUGAUCCGUAUUGACAUGUCCACUGGCCUGCCCAUCACCACCUGGAGGUUCGCCAACAUGAGACAGUGGAAUGUCAACUGGGAGAUCAGACAGGUGGCCAUAGAGUUUGACCAGAAUGUGUCGAUAGCCUUCUCCUGUGUGAGUUGUGACUGCAAGGUGGUCCAUGAGUACAUAGGAGGAUACAUCUUCCUCUCAACACGCUCCAAAGACCAGAACGAGACACUGGACGAGGAACUAUUCCACAAACUUACUGGAGGGCAGGAAUGAACCUGGGACAUCAGCUUUCAUUUAGUGCCGUGGCGAUCAAACAUGAGGAUUUGUUACAAGCUGAGACUAUCCAUGCAUUCCAAUGCAGUCAAUCAUUCAUGUACUGAAGGCCUGUAAAAAGCCAAUCCAGAGUCGAGAAAGAAUUUAAAUGAAUUGCUGAUAUGGUUUUGUAGGCUACAUAAAUUAUAUUUUCAUAUUGUAAGUGCAGAGAAAAGUAGACGUCUUGGUCACAGUACACUACAUUUGAUUCUAAGACCAUCUCUACAAAAUGUGUGGACCAUCUCUACAAGGCUCAUUUGCCUGACGUUUAGGCCUGGCAAUUCAUUCGGCACAUGGGCUGUACAUCUUGUCACCUUUUUACCUUGGUGUAGCCCAGAAAAAAAUCUGUGACAACCAGCAGACAGUGGUUGAAGAGGAGGAUUUAGGUAGUUUUACUGACACAUUUUUUAAGUCUUUGAUUUCAAUGUUGUAGGCUACUUUCACAAUCACUCUAUUGGGCUGCUCAUUGCCCUAUUUUAUACAUAUUACUUUUAUACUGUUUUAUAAUGUAACAUUUGCAAUUGUAUUACAAGUCCAACAGAAUUUCAAAGAUAUUUCUGGUGGUGGGUUAUUAUCACGUUGAACGAGACAUUUGUUUACACUGGUAUUUCUCUUGACUUAACUGCAUUGAAAUAAACUUGAGAAACAUG